UAAUUAGUUUGCAAAUGCAGGAUUUAUCUUCUUCAUAAGGAUUGCUGUUAGUGACCUUGAUCCAUGAAGUCAGAGAUGGGAAAUUGUUGUAUUUGUGUAGGACUAAUUUUGCUAAUGUUUGUUACACUUUCGGAAAAAGGCCAUUCUUUUUCAUGGGGCUGGUUUUCUUCCUCUAAAUCCUCAUCAUCUUCUUCCAGUAAUAAUCACCAAUAUUCAAUGAAUGCGAAUAAUAUAAAUGGUAUGGUUGCUGAGUUUUCUUUGGAAGCCUUGGAUGAUCCUAAAGCGGUUGAACUAAUUGAAAAUGCGAGGAUGAAGUUAGGAGGAUCGAAUCCUUGUUGGUUUUAUGCGUACAAGAAUUUGUUUUCUUCGUGUUCAGAGAUUUUUGCUGCAGAGGAAAAGAGAAGUAGGCUUGCUUGGCUUCUUAGUGAUUGUUUCCAAAGAGAUUCGGGGAGGGAUCCUUUUCCUUCGUGUAACGCAGAAGGUUUCAUGGUUGAUUGUCUUCGAAAGUUGAACAAUGAUGAUCAUAAGACUUAUUUGGAAUUUUACCUUGAGACCAACUCCAUUUGCCAUCAGUUACAGUCUAAGGCUUUUAAGCUUCAAGUUGAAAAUUUAGUGAAUGACUUGAAAAAUUCAGCAUUAUCUACAGAAGAAAAACUAGAAACCAUUGAAGAAAAAUCAGAUACUCUGCUUCAUAACUCUAAUCAAAUCCAAGAAUCAAUAGCAUCGAUUGAUGAACAAACACAAAAGGUGGGAGACAACCUUAAGAACAUGCUAGGUGACUUAGGCAUUGUCAUGAAGCACACUAAGGAGCUUAACGAGCAAGCGAGGGGUAUUGCCUCGUCUCAAGUAGAGUUACUAAAAGGACAAGGGCUAAUGAAGGAGAAAAUGGAAGAAAGUAUUGCAAGAGUAGAAGAAUCUUAUAGUCAUCUUAGAAAGGACAUUGAAGGUUUGCAGAAGAAGGCAUCUGAAGUUGAAAAGGAGGUUACUAGUCUUGGAGCAGCGUUGUCUUUAAAGCUGCAUAACCUUCAGGGAAAAACUGAUGAUAUUGCUGAUAUGGCUGGACUUUCGAUAGAGAAGCAGCAGCAACUUCUUGCAAGUCAAUCAGAGGCUCUUCAGGGUCUUCAGUCUCUUACUGAUUUUCAGUCUAAUGCUCUUCAACAGAGCAGGGCUACUUUACAGCAGAUAUUAGGAUUUGCGCAGGGGCAACACCAAGAACUUAAGGAGCAGCAGGAACAGCUACUGCAGGCUCACAAUCUUUUGGCUAGUAAUUCAAAAUCAAUGUUGGAAGCUCAGGAAACUUUUGAGUCGAAACAAGCAAAUAUGUUUACUGCCAUUGAUAAGAUCUUUGCUCUACACAAUGCCAUGUUGCUCGAGUCAAGGCUUAUUAAAGCUUUCUUCAUCUACUCCCUCCUAAUUGUUGUUUUCUACAUGUUUACCAGCACAAAGCAAACUUACUCUGUCAGAUGCAGUCUCUACCUAGGUCUAUGCACUGCAUUUACAAUAGAGUGUAGUAUAUUGCAGUUUACAUCUAUCGAAAUUGAACAGAAAACUCGACUCAGAACAAUAGUGAAAUCACUUCUUGGCGCUUAUGCUGUUAUACAGCUUUUGUAUGCUUUCGUUACAUACAGGGAUUAUGAAGCAUUAAAUCACAAUAUGUUAGCAACUUUGAUUGAAAAGGUAAACAACAUUCAAAAAGUAAGAGAUUAUCCUUCAGAUGAUGAAGAAGUGGAUAGUGAAGUUGAUUGGAUUUCAUGGGUGGAGACCGAAUUGCCGGAAGAUUUAAGCAUUCAUGAAGAUCCAAACUACAUGCCACCAGUUGAAGAGGAAAGAAAGUCAGAAAACUCUGUUGUGAGUUGUGAUGAACGAAAGUAUAACCUCCGAAAUCACAAGCAUUUGAAAUAAUGA